AUUCUCUAUAUAAGCGGCCAAUCAGCGUCUCCAUCGCCUGCGGUUUCCAGCAUCAUUGGUCUAGUGGUAGAAUUCGUCGUUGCCAUCGACGAGGCCCGUGUUCGAUUCACGGAUGAUGCACAAUUCUUUUUUAGCCUUUACAGUUUCCCAAUCAGCGAUUCUCAUAGCAUUCGGCUCCGCAUCAUUGGUCUAGUGGUAGAAUUCGUCGUUGCCAUCGACGAGGCCCGUGUUCGAUUCACGGAUGAUGCAUUUCUCUUCUCUUUUUGUGCUUUGAGAUCUGAAACUCUUUUUCAAGGUCACUCUUGA